UUUUCUAAGCUGUAUUCCCAUUUGAUCCUUUGGAUAAUGGGUUGGGAUAAAUAAGAGCCUCUCUUUCACUGCAAAGAUACACCCAACUUCCUAGAGAUCCAGGAAUAGAGAGAACACACAGACCAACUGAUGUGAUGAAGUUCACCACGAUCAUCUUCCUCUUCUCCUUGAUCCUCUGUGUUAAGAGCCAGAAUUGGUUUACAGAUUCUGCAAGAUUUAUAAAGGAGGCUGGUCAAGGUGCUGGAGAUAUGUGGAGGGCCUACUGGGACAUGCGUGAAGCCAAUUAUAAAAAUUCAGACAAAUACUUCCAUGCUCGAGGAAAUUAUGAUGCUGCCCAGAGAGGACCUGGUGGGGCUUGGGCAGCUAAAGUGAUCAGUGAUGGCCGAGAAUUCCUCCAGGGUGGCAGCAGCGGCAGGGGAGUGGAGGAUUCUAGGGCAGACCAAUUCGCAAAUGAAUGGGGCAGGAGUGGCAAAGACCCCAAUCAUUUCAGGCCAGCUGGUUUGGACCCCAAAUACUGAACUGAUUUUGUUCCUUUCUUUCUCUUGUUCCAUUUCUAACCUGACCCUCUGUGUUGCCUGGAUGAGCACGAGCUCUCUUUGUGUGGACUAACAUAUGAGUAUUCAAUAAACACCCAAACUAAAAAUGA